UUCUCCCCCCAGACGACGACAACGAACGACGGACCUCCACGUCCGGGACGACCGAUCGACUAGUUUACCUCUACUAGUCGGCCUUACCCUUUCCUCUGAAACACAGGCUACACCCAGGCCUACCGAAUCCCCAAUCCCCCAUCCUAAUCCCCACGUGUUACCGCGAAACCGAAAUUAUUUCAAUUCCCCCUGUCCGCGAAAACACGGGGAAAUAAUACCACAUACACGCCCACCCUCGGCCGACCACAUUCGCUUCGCGCCGCCAAUCAUCACAUCAGAAACAGUUUACUAAAAAGAUGGCAUCAACAUCAGGCUUGACCCGGCGCAGGGGCGCGGGAGGAGGCGGAGGAGGCAGCAGCGACGUCGGCGGCGGCGGCGGCGGCGCUUCCGACACGAGGGACGUUGGGCCUGACACGAGCUACGAGACGGGCGAGAACGGACACAGGAUCGCCUUCGACCCCCGCGACCUGAGCGAGAGCGCAGAGAGGAGCAAGCAGCCUAAGCUAACGCUGAUGGAGGAGGUGCUGUUGCUUGGUAUCAAGGAUCGCGAGGGCUAUCUUUCAUUCUGGAACGACAACAUUUCCUACGCUCUUCGCGGAUGCAUUGUUCUUGAGCUGGCCUUCCGCGGCCGCAUCAGCAUGCAAAAGGACUCGUCUCGGCGGCGCUUCCCCUUGGCGGACCGAAUUAUCGAAGUCAUCGACGACACUCUUACGGGCGAGGUACUGCUGGACGAGGCCCUCAAGAUGAUGAAGACGAGCGAGAAGAUGAGCGUCAGCUCCUGGAUUGACUUGAUGAGCGGCGAAACCUGGAACCUAAUGAAAAUCGGCUACCAACUCAAACAAGUCCGCGAGCGGCUCGCCAAGGGUCUAGUCGACAAGGGCAUCCUCCGCACGGAAAAGCGCAACUUUUUGCUGUUCGACAUGGCCACGCAUCCCGUAGUCGAGGGCGCCGCCAAGGAGGACAUCCGACGGCGCGUGCGCAACGUGCUGACGCAGCGCACCGUCGUGCUCACCCCGACCCAGUACCUGCCCGAAGACCUCGAGUUCCGGAACGUGCGGACGAUCGCCAUGGUGUGCGCCGCGCACGCGGCCAACGUGCUGGAGAACGCGCUGAGCACCCUCGGCCACGAGGCAAGGGAGAACGCCUUCAGCAUUGCGGACGAGCUCCUGUUGCAGUAUAGCCAGUGGCCGUUUGCGGCGAGGCCGUUGCCCGGUGGGAAUGGUGGGGUGGGGGCGAACUUGCCGCAGGUUAUUAAUGAGGAGGUCAACAAAGCAAAGGACAAGGAGCUCCAGCUUGAAGUCGUGGCAGCUUGCUUGAGCGUAUUCACUCGCCUUGACUCUCUGCUCUAGAGGUGGCGCAGGAGAUAGAUCGUGAAAAAACCAACAACCCAGCGAUCGAGAACAAGCGUGGGAAACAAACCUGAAAAGCGAGAAUGAUGUGUUGUUGUGCUUGGUGAGUGAUAGUCAGUGGGGAAAAGAGUUGCACAAAACCCUUGUCUUUUUCACGAUCACGAACAAGAGGAGGGCGUUGGGUGUGCGAGC